AUGAACUUUUGCUUUAAGCCUUCGGGUUCCAAAGGCAGGAAAAUGGCUGUGAGCGUUUUCAUCAUCAAGAACUCUGCGUACUUCACAUCGAACGAGGACAAUUGCGGAUUACCAGACAACUUUUCAAUUUCAAACAGACUGGGCUUGUCGACCUUGAUCUCUCGUAAUCUUUUAAUCCUCAUCACUUUCUGGAUCAGCGCAUCUGACGACGACGUUUCAAACAUCGAGUCAUCGCUUUCUAUUUCUUCCGCUUCUGACGUAUCGUGGUCCACAUGCUGGUGCGACUCGUUCUUAAAGAGCAGGUCGUAUGCUUUUGCUUUCGCUUCGAGAUCUUUGAGUCGUGACUCUAGAACUAGAGUUUUUCGACGCGGAUUACUAAAGUGA